AUGGCGGCAACAGAAGCAGAGUCAUCGCUCGAUGCACUCUCGCUCUCAGGCACAACCUACGCCCCAACAGCAUCGAUCUCCACUUCCGACCCAACCAGAUUCGCCUUUCCAGCCUACACCAGCUUUCCACCCUUCUACACUCUCCAACCAAACCUCACGACCCGCGCACGGCAACUCGAGCUCUGGUCAAGUCUAAUAACAUCCUACUGUGCCCAUAACAGACUCUUCAAACUCUCACUCUCCUCGCCUCCGUCGGACCUCUUCAACAACACAUCCAUAAAACGCUCUCUCAAACCCACCGAUAUCCGCACUGUACUGGAGCACAUGAGCCAGCCCUCUACGGGACCUCUGAUUGAAUGGAUCGCACCGGUAUCUCGUGGAGAACAGAGUAAUACCUGCUGGGUCUACUGGCGCAAUUUGACCGAGUGGGCAGACACGAUCUACACUUGGGUCGACGAGACUGGACAGAAAGGCGCUGUCUUGACGGUGUACGAGUUGAGGGAAGGCGACGCAGUGAAAGGGAAAGAGUGGCAGGAUAUUGACGAGACUCUGUUGAGGAAGAUUCUGGGAGUGCUCGUGAAGAGAGGGAAGUGUCAGAUUUUUGGUCAGGAAGAGAACGCCGGUGUCAAGUUCUUCUGA